AUGGGCUCCGACAACUUUUCGUGGACUCCGCAGACUGGUAUUGAUCGGUCUACCCAGAACCCCCUCAGAGUCAUGCUGACCACCCCCGUAGUGCUCUCCACCCUCCCAUACCCUCCUGAGGAGAACUCUACGUCGCCCCUUCCCUUCUUUCACUUGAUUGAGCGCCUCAAGACCACUAAGCGCGAAGGGUGGCGGCGGUUUGGUAUCAAUGGCGAAUCCAUCUCGGACCAUAUGUAUCGCAUGUCGAUCAUGACUAUGCUAGCCCCGCCAUCCCUCGCGGCGAAACUCAACCUCCCGCACUGCACCAAGAUGGCCUUGAUCCAUGACAUGGCUGAGUCGCUGGUCGGAGAUAUUACCCCUGUCGACAAGGAUAUCACCAAAGCCGAGAAGGCGCGUCGCGAAGCCGCUGUUAUGGAGUAUAUCACCAAGACGCUCUUGGGCAAUGUUCCCGGCGGUGCAUUGUCGGGCGAGCAGAUCCAGCAGGUUUUCCAAGAGUACGAGGACAACGAGACACUCGAGGCCCAGUUCGUCCAUGACAUCGACAAAAUGGAACUGCUGUUGCAGAUGGUCGAGUACGAGCGCUCUCAUGAAGUGGAUCUGUCUGAGUUUGAGCGCGUCGCUGCCCGCGUCCAGUUGCCGGAGAUCAAGGUCUGGGCCACACAGGUGCUGCAGGAGCGGCCGAAGCGUUCUUGA